CAGUACCUUAUUUUCUCAAAUGGGUCUGUUUUGAUUAUUGAUUCAUUUCAUCUUCUUUGGUACUUUCUCUAUACCAAAAAACAGAGCGAUUAUGGAUUGUUUUUGUAGGGACGUUAGAGCCAAGAUGACGAACCAAAAUGUGGUAGUGUCUGAUCCAAAAUCCACCAUCAACUUGGCAACCGCAGUGCACGUGUCUAACUCCUCUAUCUUCCCCACCGCCGCACAGAAACCGCCCGCCGCGCCUGGUGGGUACAUCUCCAUUUCAAGAAAGAAGCUUCCCAAGAAUCUUGAAAUCAAUGGAGUAGCAAGGAUUAACGCCUGGGUUGAUUCAAUGAGAGCCUCAUCUCCUACCCACCUCAAAUCUACACCCUCCCUCACCGAUGACCAAGGCUCAUGGAUUCUUCAUCACCCAUCUGCCUUGGACAUGUUUGAGCAGAUAAUUGAUGCAUCGAAAGGGAAGCAAAUAGUGAUGUUUUUGGACUAUGAUGGUACCCUUUCUCCUAUUGUUGAUGACCCAGAUCAAGCUUUCAUGUCCAAGAAGAUGAGAGCAACAGUGAGGAAGCUCGCGAGGUGUUUCCCUACUGCUAUAGUGAGUGGGAGAUGCAGAGACAAGGUGUAUAGCUUUGUACGAUUAGCAGAGCUGUACUACGCUGGAAGCCAUGGCUUGGACAUUAAGGGGCCAGCAAAAGGUUCCAAAUACAAAAAAGGUAGUGAAGCUCUCAUCUUCCAGCCUGCAAGUGAAUUUCUACCCAUGAUCGAUGAGGUUUACAAGGAAUUGGUAGAGAAAACGAAAUCAACUCCAGGAACUAAGGUGGAGAACAAUAAGUUUUGUUUGUCAGUCCAUUUUCGGUGUGUUGAUGAGAAGAAAUGGAGUGAGCUGGCCCAAGUAGUUAGGUCAGUCUUGAAAGACUACCCAAAGCUGAGCCUUACUCAAGGGAGGAAGGUACUUGAAAUCCGUCCUACUAUUAAAUGGGACAAAGGGAAGGCUCUUGAAUUUUUGUUGGACUCACUUGGAUUUGCCAAUUGUUCUGAUGUUUUCCCUGUUUAUAUUGGAGAUGAUAGAACAGAUGAAGAUGCAUUCAAGGUAUUAAGAGAAAGAGGACAAGGUUUUGGUAUCCUAGUCUCUGAAUUUCCCAAGGACACAAAUGCAUCAUAUUAUCUACAGGAACCCACCCAGGUUAAGGAUUUUUUGCAACGUUUGGUAGAGUGGAAACGAGUAUCCCUGCAAGGGCAGCCAAUGAGCCAAGGAUGAUAUGAUAUUUUUAUAUAUAUUUGCACCCGCCCUUUCAAGAAAACUUUAAUUAAAGGUGGGAUCAGAGACUGUAAUUUUCUUGUUCAUCAAGUAGGCAAGAAAAACAGACCCAGAAAAAUAAAGUUAACUAUUUCAUGGCUUCAAGGCCUUGUACAUCUUGUAACUAUGCUACGUGAGUACAAGGGGUUAAAGACUCGUAAUUUUCAAGCGUUCACUAAA